AUGGGUCUGCUCGAUGACUCCUGGAGCCAGCUGUCCUGGUUCGCCGUGUUGCUUUGGGCCAUUGGCGGCUACACCGUCGUCCAUGUCGUACGCCGCCAGAUAGAACGGCGGCGGCUGCAUCGUACGGGCGGUGCCCGCACAGCAAUGUAUCGUGGGAAAUGGCCCUGGGGUCUCGAUCUCGCCUACAGGGCCGUGCUGGCGGUCGUUUACCACCAGAACCGCGAGCUGUGGGAGAACAUCUUCCGGUCCACCGGCCUGCACACGGCCGAGUUUCGCGUACUCGGCAGGCGCAUCAUCUUCACAGACGAUCCCGAGAACAUCAAGGCCUUGUUGGCCACUCAGUUUGGUGACUAUGGCAAAGGCGAGCCCUUCCACCGCGAGUGGAAAGAGUUUCUUGGUGACAGUAUCUUCACCACCGACGGUGCCCGCUGGCACGCCAGCCGCCAGCUGAUCCGGCCGCAGUUCGUCAAGGAUCGCGUGUCUGACUUGCAAAUCUUCGAGUCCCAUCUGCAGACUCUGUUCAUCGCCAUGUCCGUCGGCGGCGACGCAGCUGCGACUGCUGCUGCCCUCCAGAGCCCUGCUUCAGGACCGGUAUCUUCCAGCGGCCGUGUGCUCGAGAUGAGCGAUCUCUUCUUCCGCUUCACCCUCGACGUGGCCACCGACUUUCUGCUCGGCACAGAUAUUCAAAGUCUGACGAUCCCCCGCCAAGAGUUUGCUGAGGCCUUCAACGAGGUUCAGCACAUGCAGAGCAUGAUCAGUCGCACUGGCCCGGCCAAUAUCUUCGUCCCUCGCUUUGCCUACCGUCGCGGCCUCAAGGUGAUGGACAAGUUUCUCGACCUCUUCAUUGAGCGGGCCCUGUGCCUGCCGGUCGAGGAGCUCGAGAAGUCCACCACCGGAGCCGCUGGCCGCUACACCUUCCUGCACGAACUCGCCCGCUUCACCCGCGACCGCAAGGUCCUGCGCGACCAGCUCAUCGCAGUCCUGCUGGCCGGCCGCGAUACCACUGCCGGCACUUUGUCUUGGGGCAUCUACGAGCUGGCCCGCCACCCGGAAUGCGUCCAGCGACUGCGUGCCGAAAUUGCCGAAGUCGUUGGCGUAGAGGGCGCCCAGGGCACCAGUUGCCGUCUUCCGACCUAUGCCGACCUCAAAUCCAUGCGUUACCUCCAGCACGUUCUCAACGAGAUCCUGCGCAUGUAUCCGGCCGUGCCCUACAACGUCCGCCUCGCCCUGCACGACACGACCCUUCCGCGUGGUGGCGGGCCUGACGGCUCUUUGCCCGUUUCCAUUCUCAAAGACACUCCAAUCGGCUAUUCCACCCUGACGAUGCAACGUCGCGGCGACCUCUACCCGGAAACCCAAGGUCACAAAGCCUCCUUACGCGGCCCCGGCACUUUCUGCCCUGAGCGCUGGGACCACUGGCAGCCCAAGCCCUGGCACUACAUUCCCUUCAACGGUGGCCCGCGCAUCUGCAUCGGCCAGCAGUUUGCCCUCACCGAGAUGGGCUACGUGCUGGUCCGCUUACUCCAAAAGUUCGAGCGUAUCGUCAGCCACAUGGGUCCUAUUGACGGCGGGCAUCCCACGCUCAAGGCCGACAUUGUUCUGCAGCCCGGCGACGGUGUGCACGUGGCCUUUUUCGAGGCUGCAAAGGCGUGA